AUGACCUGCCGUGACAAUAGCGACCUGUCACCUGAUCAACCGGUAUACUGGCGUGACCGCUGGGAGAAGGGCGUAACACCGUGGGACUGCGGCUGUGCGCACCCGUUACUCGUUCACUUGGCACCACGCUUGCCGUCCGGACGCGCUCUUGUUCCGGGGUGUGGCUCUGGAUACGAUGUGAUUGCGCUGGCUAAGCAGGACCCGGCGCGUCAGGUAACCGGCUUGGAUCUUUCGGAACUCGCGUGCAAACGUGGUGAGUCGAUGCGCGACGAGGCAGGCCUCUCUAGCAAGCAGGUACAGUUCAUCGAAGGUGAUUUUUUCAAAUUCGAUUAUGAAGAGCCCUUUGAUCUCGUGUACGACUAUACCUUCUUCUGCGCGCUGCCUCCGCAUCUGCGCAAGCAAUGGGCAGCUCGCAUGGCGGAGCUCGUGAAGCCAAGCGGCAUCCUGUUCACGCUCAUGUUUCCUGUACGGGAUUCGGGGACGGGCGCGGAAGGAGGACCCCCUUUCUCGGUUUCUCAUGAGGCGUAUGCCUCUGUGCUGGAACCAGCCGGUUUCAAGUUGCUCGAAUGUGGCGACGUUCCAUCUGCGUAUAGACGUCCGAAGACACCCUCACCGGGUGCUGAGCUCUACGGUCUCUGGCAGCGCGUUGGUGCGUAG